AUGGCAAGUGCACCAAAUGCGUACUCGGCGGAGCCUGCAUUCCCAGUCCUUGCUGAUUCUCUACUCCGACAACCAGAGUCAAAGGAGAAUGCAGCUGCUCCUUCAAAUGAGACAAAUGCAGCUGCCCCUUCGAAUGGGACAACCGCAAAAAAAGACUGGAAUCUCAAAAAUGAUUGGAAACAGGGUAUCCAAUCCUCCAAAGAAGCAGUCUUUCGAUGCGGGGUUGUCCUCGGCUUCUCCAGGCUGCGAAUGAGAAGCAACGAAAGCAACGAGUACAUCGGACAGAUUCCUCGAUACAUUCUCACAACCCAACUGCGGAGUAUCCAUCCAUCAUCUGAACCGAGCGCAUUCAUUAUCCACCCACGAAGUUUUGAGGCUUUUGUCCCAAGGACUCUACUCAACGAGCUGCAGUCUCCUUCCCAUGACCAGCCCGGUCUAUCAAGGGAUGACGCAAUCCGUAGACUUGACUCUGUGCAGUUACUUCCCGUACACAACUUCACCAACGCCGCACAGGCCAUCGGUAAGGUCUCAGAAGCGCUGCACGAGAUCCAAGAAAACAGAGAAAAACAGAGGAAAUCGGCCGAUACCAGCCCAUCCACCCACAAUCCCAUUGUCCUCAUUGUCGUGGGCCUCGAUACCCUAACCGAAGGAGUAAUUCGAGCCUCCAACCCGGCUCGAGGUGCAGCCGUUCUGACAGCUACAUUCCGUACCUUGACGCGUUUAUCUCGCGUGCACGCCUCUCAUCUCUCGAUCAUUCUUGUCAAUACCAAUGGACUAGGGACUAUGAAUCCAGACUGGGAUAAAAACCAACCAUCUGGAAACACUACUACACAUGGAGACGGUGAUACGAGGCAGGCGCUGGAAGAUGGCAUCCACUCCAUCUUCCAUUCGGAUAUUCCGUCCCUGUUCCCCACCUUGCUUAUGAAGACGUUAGACCAAGGCAUCGAUAUCCAUCUGUUGCUUUCUGAUUUGAGAGGAGCUCAGAUAGUCGAAGUGAUCAAAGAUCGAGUUGGUACGAGUCUAGGCAAAUGGGGAAUAUGGAACGAGCAAUGA